AUGGCAACCAAGCGCUCCCGUUCCCCCUCCCCUCCCCAAAACCCUUCAAUCUGCCUCAGCUCCCCCAUCCAAGAACAAACCUCCAGAUUCAUCGGCGUCUACUCCCCCAGCCUCCCUCUGAAAACCCUCCAAGCCCUCCCGGAUUUCCGUACCGCCACCCACAUCAUCUCCGCCUGGCGGAAACCCUCGCGGCAAAAAUCCCUAACCCCUGCUUCCAAACCCCUCCAUGACGAAGGCCACGACGACGGCGGCGAAUCCUGGGCCGGAAAACGUCUGGCAAGUGUCCUACGAGACACUCAAACCGAGGGCACAGUAGUUGUAGCGCGUUGGUACGGCGGCCAAAACAUUGGGCCCAUUCGCUUCACGCACAUUGAGAAUUGCGCCAAGGAAGCGAUUUACAAGUUCAAAACGGAGCAGGCGCGUGCUGUGCAAGAAGCAGUGCGUAAGAAGCAGAAACUUGAAGAGGAGGUGAGACGCAAAGAGUUGGUUGAGAACUUGCGGGAACGAGAUUACAACAUCUUUGCGCUGAGAACGUUGCUGGCGCAGAAGAAGGCGAAACUGGCGGAUGAGGUGGCGGUGCCCCUGACACCGCAGAGACCGCAGGCGUAUGAGAGCAUGGAGAGUGAGGCGUUGAGACGGGUGGAUAAGGCGCGGGAUGCGACGAUUGCAUUUGUUUUGAAGGAGAUUGAUAGGGUGGAUGAGGAGUUGAAGUUGGUGCAGGAUCUGGUGGAAGAUGGGAAGGGAGAGGAUAAAGAAGAGGAGAAGGAAAGACUGACGACGCUGAUUUGA